UCCUACCGACAAAGGCCGAUGCCAACUGUCAGGUGGGGCAUACGUAUUAAGAAUGUGAAUGGGACCCCUGUUCACAAAGUCCCAUUCACAUACGGAUCCCACAAACAUCCCACCAUAGUUCCUGGAAAAACUGAAAGAUAAACAUAACAUCAUCAUCAUCUUCGAGCUGAAACAACCACCCAACAGUUAAAACUUAAGAUAUCAAACAGUCAGAUUUGCAGAUUUUCUUCUUAUUUGGAUAUUCUUGGAAAAACCCAAUGUCUAAACAGACUUACAGGGUCUGCUUCUGCUUCAGCCGGAGGUUUAGGCUGGCAGUUUCAGAGGCACCAGAGGAGAUCAAGAGGGUGUUUGAACAGUACUCUGAGAGUGGGAUCAUGAGCAUUGAUGGACUGCAGAGGUUCUUGGUUGAGGUCCAGAAAGAAGUUAAGGCCACCGGAGAAGAUGCGCAGAAGAUUAUUGAUAGUGUUAAGCAUUUUCAUAGAAAGGGUCUAAAUCUUGAAGCUUUUUUUAAGUACCUCUUUGGUGAUAAUAAUCCUCCUCUUGCUUCUCUUGGGGUGCACAAUGAUAUGAGUGCUCCAUUGUCUCAUUAUUUCAUAUAUACUGGCCACAAUUCCUAUCUUACUGGGAAUCAACUAAAUAGCGACUGCAGUGAUGUCCCCAUCAUAAAUGCACUUAAGAGAGGUGUGAGAGUGAUAGAAUUGGAUAUAUGGCCUAAUUCAGCCAAAGAUAAUGUGGAUGUUCUUCAUGGAGGGACUCUGACUACUCCUGUAGAACUCAUCAAGUGUUUGAGGUCUAUUAAGGAGUGUGCUUUUGUUGCCUCAGAAUAUCCAGUUGUUAUAACUCUAGAAGACCAUCUUACCCCAGAUCUUCAGGCUAAAGUUGCCGAGAUGGUCACUCAAACGUUUGGAGACAUCCUGUUUUCUCCUGGCUCAGAAUGCUUAAAAGAAUUCCCCUCCCCAGAAUCAUUGAAGAAACACAUAAUCAUAUCUACCAAACCACCAAAGGAAUACCUUGAGGCAAAAGAAGAUAAGGAUAAAGAGAAUGAUUCAGAGAGGGGUAAGGCCAGUGAUGAAGAAGCUUGGGGAACAGAAGUUUCCAACCCUAAAGGCAGCCAUGUAGCUGAUUACAAGAAUGACUUGGAUGAAGAAGAUGAGGAAGAUCUUGAUGAUGGAGACAAGUUGCAGCAUAAUCUAGCUCCAGAAUAUAAACGUUUAAUUGCUAUUCAUGCUGGGAAACCAAAGGGUGGAUUAGAUGAGUGUCUAAUGGUGGAGCCUGAUAAAGUGAGACGUCUUAGUAUGAGUGAGCUACAACUUGAAAAGGCUGCAGCAACUCAUGGAAAACAAAUUGUCAGGUUUACACAGCAGAAUAUACUUAGGGUUUAUCCCAAGGGUAUACGCUUUGACUCUUCCAAUUACAACCCAUUGAUUGGGUGGACGCAUGGGGCUCAAAUGGUUGCAUUUAAUAUGCAGGGUUAUGGAAGAUCUUUAUGGUUGAUGCACGGAAUGUUCAAAGCCAAUGGGGGGUGUGGUUAUGUAAAAAAACCAGAUUUCCUAUUGAACUCUAAUGAAGUCUUUGAUCCCAAAGUCGAGUUACCGGUGAAAAUAACUUUAAAGGUAACUGUGUAUAUGGGGGAAGGAUGGUAUUAUGAUUUUAAGCAAACGCAUUUUGAUGCAUAUUCGCCUCCAGACUUUUAUGCAAGGGUUGGGAUUGCCGGAGUUCCAGCAGAUUCUGUGAUGAAGAAAACAAAGACUUUAGAAGACAAUUGGGUGCCUUCUUGGAAUGAGGAAUUUGAGUUCCGUCUAACUGUCCCGGAAUUGGCUCUACUUCGGAUUGAAGUGCACGAAUACGACAUGUCUGAAAAGGAUGACUUCGGAGGCCAAACAUGCCUACCAAUUUCUGAGCUAAGAAGUGGGAUACGAGCAGUUCCUCUCAACAGCCGCAAGGGUGAGAAAUACAAAUCUGUAAAGCUCCUUAUGCGCUUCGAAUUCAUCACUCCAUAGUCCCCUGAAGGACUUAGGGGACCUUCCAAUUGUUUAAUGGCAUUGUGAGCUUGUGUGCAGUUAUCUACUACAUGUUUGCUGUGUGAUAUACCAUAAAUAACACCUGCUCUGUUGUUUUUUUUGUAUUGCUGCUACCAUUGCUGCUUGUAAUUAGCCAUAUUUGUAAUUUGUAAUACAUAAUUCUGUGACAAAGAAUCUUAUAUUAGUACAUAUUUAGCAGUGAAGAAUCAGUAUUGUUUCAAUCAUCUUCACUUGCUGGUUUCAUCAA